AUGCGAGAGAAUGAUCACCAUUUACAUCAAUUGGAUGAUGGAAUAGCUUCAUUUCAAGUUUCACUCAAAGAAGCUCAUGAAAAGAGUAACUCCCUUACUAAAGAAGUUGCAGAAUAUAGAUUUGAAGUGCAAGCUAGUGUUAUUAGGAUGGAAGAGCUUGAACAAAUUUUAAUUUGGCUUUUCUCUCUCCCCUUGACCAUUGCAAAACUAUGG